AUGGGAUGUGGCACCUCUGUUGCCACGGAAACACAAGUGAUGAAACUGGAAGCCGAUGAGGCAGUUAAGGCUCCCAGUCCAGCUCUAACUAUGAAGGCAGCUGUUUUGAUCCAGCGAUGGUACCGGCGCUACAUGGCCCGUCUUGAGAUGAGACGCAGAUACACCUGGAACAUCUUUCAGUCCAUUGAAUAUGCCGGAGAACAGGACCAGCUGCAGCUCUCUAGUUUCUUCAGUUUCAUGCUGGACAACUUCACUCAACUUAAUGAAAACGGGCCAGAUCUGAUCUCCCAGCUGCUGGACCCAGUGGUUGACCCCUGGUUAGAAAGAGAGACCUGUUACAACCUGAUCUCUGUCCCUGAGACUUACACCGGACCGCGGAUAUCUUUUCCUCUCUCUGUCUCUGAUACUAGCAUUCUCCUCAGUGCAUUUAAGGAGCAGCAGAUUUUACAUGCCAGAUAUGUUUUGCAACUGCUGUACGAGACCAAAAAACUCCUCAAACAGAUGCCAAACAUCACACAUUUUUCAACAUCCUACACAAAGGAGAUCACUAUUUGUGGUGAUCUGCAUGGCCGGCUUGAUGACUUACUUCUAAUAUUUUAUAAGAAUGGACUUCCUUCUGCUGAGACGCCAUAUGUGUUCAACGGGGACUUUGUGGACCGUGGGAAAAAAUCAGUUGAAGUAGUCAUUCUCCUCUUUGCCUACUUGUUGCUUUAUCCCGACUACAUGCACCUCAACCGAGGAAACCAUGAAGACCACAUCAUGAAUCUGAGAUAUGGAUUCACAAAAGAAGUCAUGCAGAAGUACAAGACUCAUGGGCGUGAGAUUCUCCAGCUAUUUCAAGAUGUCUUCAGCCUUCUACCAAUAGCAACAGUCAUUGAUGGAAAGAUCCUGAUUGUGCAUGGAGGUAUUUCAGACCAGACUGACUUGGACUUCCUCAGCUGCAUAGAGAGGCGCAAGGUGAAAUCUGCCCUUAGGUUUCCUAGACGCAGUUUAGAGCAGCUGGAUAUCAGUCAAUCCUGCAAACACGGCAAAAGAAUGAGGUCAACGGACAGCUCAAGACCCAACAGCAGUCGUAGCUACAAGAGCCAAGGAACACCCAACCCCAGAAAGAAGAGAUGCAGGCUCAACCGACAAGAUAGUGCAGCAUCUUCUUCUUCCUCCUCAUCAUCUUCAUCCUCUUCUUCACUGUGCUCUCCUCAAACUCCUUCCUGCCUUUCUCCUCGUCCAUUGCCAUCCACUCCCAGCAUGCCUCAUGGUGUCCUUAAUGUGCCUUUCCUGGACUCUAUGUCUUCCAUUCCCCUUCCAUCACCUCCACAACAUGAACAGGAAUGGAAGCAGAUUGUUGAUAUAUUGUGGAGUGACCCUAAAACCCAAGAAGGCUGCAACCCCAACACAUUCCGGGGUGGAGGCUGCUACUUUGGCCCGGACAUCACUCAAAGACUGCUGGUCCAACACGGGCUGCAGCUGAUCAUCCGCUCGCAUGAGUGCAAACAAGAGGGAUAUGAGCUCUGUCAUGGUGGAAAGGUGAUCACCAUCUUCUCAGCAUCAAACUAUUAUGAGGAGGGAAGUAACCGAGGCGCUUACAUCAAACUGGGGAGAGAACUGGUUCCUCGCUUCUACCAGUACCAAGUCAGCCGGACAACUCGCAGACUUACUCUGACACAGAGGGUACGAGCUGCUGAAGGCUCCGCUCUCAGAGCCUUAAAGGAGAAGCUGUUCGCUCAUCGCUCUGAGCUCGUGGCAGGCUUCCAGCAGUACGACCAAACUGGCACGGGUAGCGUGUCAGUCAGUGAAUGGGCUCAGGUGUUGGAGACUGUGCUGAGACUGGACCUGCCCUGGAGGACACUUCGUCCACAUUUAGCUCAUCUUGCACCAGAUGGCUGUGUUGAAUAUCAGUCCUGCUUUGAAAAUGUAGGACCUGGAGUUUCUCUACCUCAGGUGACUCCAAACUUGGCAGAAACUCUUUUCAGAUACAGGACGGACAUUGAGAUAAUUUUCAACAUUAUAGACAAAGAUCAUUCAGGUCUGAUCUCCAUCGAGGAAUUUCGUCACACCUGGCGCCUUUUCAGUGCUCACCUGGGCGUUGCCAUCGACGACAGAGCCAUUGAUGACCUUGCCCGCAGUAUUGACUUCAACAAAGAUGGCAGUAUAGACUUCACAGAAUUUCUUGAGGCUUUUAGGGUGGUGCAUAAACUGGACAACAAGGAUUCACAACUCCAGGAAAAGAUGGGUAAAGGGAGAUAUUCAUGAAGAGGAACAAAAGCGCUAAACUGUGGAAGUAACCAGCUGUGAUGGAAAAUUAAGCCUUGGCCACUUGAUUAACCAAAACUG